AUGGUGUUUUUCACUUUCUUCAGUGGGAUUUUUACUCGGGUUAUAUUUCUUGUUCAUGGCUUGGUUAGCGUCUAUCUAAUCGUGGACAGCAAAGGGGAAUCAAAGUAUUGGUGGUUAUGUACUGGACUGUUCUUACUUCUGAUAGAAUCCUUCUACACAAUCGUCAUUCGGAGAGGCAAGGAAUAUAAAUAGUAAGUCAUCAGAGCUUUAUAUGCCAGCUAAAAACACGAAUCGUUCCCUCGCAUUUUUAGGCAAGUUUAAUUCGAGUGAUAUAUCAUGUUUGCUUUUUAUCCCCCCCAAAACAAGCCAGAUAUAAUCCUUAACAAACGCGAAUCGGCAUCGAGGGUUAUAAAGAGUUCAAUAGACGUUGAGCUGCGAGUCGAGGAAUUUGACAAGAUGUUACAUUAAGUAAGCAACGCGAUCUGUCCGAGUCUUAAAAUGGUAGAGCUACACGACUGGUGCAGUUUGAGCUAAACAAAGAACCUCUUUUUGCUCCGUUGCGAGGAUCUUUGAUCUAUAAUAGCGGGAACAAUUUUUGGAUAUUAGAAAGUAAUUUGCUCCCUGUUGAUCAAAAGGUCAUUAUAACGCAAUAUUUAAUAACCCAGCUUUCGAAAGCGACAACAGAGAGUGAGAUCAUAAUUAUUAGUCAAUUAGCUAAAACAGUAUGUUUUGCUUUCACGGGACAUUCGAUUCGAUGAAAAUUUUCAUCAUAUUGGACAUUCAGUUUAAGUGGCUUAAGUUUUUUUCUAUAUAAUUCUAGUUUGGCGAAUGUUGAUAACCACUUGCUAAUUGAAACAAGAAUUGCAAUAUAUAAUUGAACGAAGGGAAGUGUUAGCUAAGUGGUGCAAAGCUGAAUUGUGUUAAAACUGUAUUAAAAUAAAAAUGAAAGUAUGGUAUAUAGUCGCAGAAUAAUCAAAUGGCACAUUAUCAACUUUUAGUUAACUUGUAGUGGCCGUUUAUUCAUAAAGAGGACGCGAAAUUUCAAACAAUUUUCAACGUUUUAUCGUACUGAAAGUCAGAAAAGCUCUCCCGUACAAGCAGCUUAGUGAAACACUUUCACUAACCAUCACUAAACAGUGAUUUGACAUUGCCUAACUGGCGAUAGACAAACAGAUAGUUAUGCAGUGUUCUUGAACAAUAUUACAAGAGGAAACGGUUUCAAAGGACUCUAUUCGUGGAACUGGCCAAUAUAUGAACACUGAUAAUUUCGUGUCUGCCGUUGCCGACAAGAAGGAACUUCAGAUGAGGUUGAGACGAUAGUGUUUGGAAUGGCCCGAGUCUGAUGUCACAGCAAAAAAGCCAAAACAGUUCUAACCUAAAAGUCGGAAUCCUUACUACUUUAUGUUUCGUUGUCUUUUACAUAUACAUGGCUGAGUAUUUCUUAUCUCAUCUGUUGUAAACAUUUUAAUGUACUUGUCUCUUUAAGUAGCGGAAGGAACAAUGUGCGCGUGUGCGAGUAUAGGCUGUCGUGCAGAAGAACGAAGCUGCUUUCGGAACCAUUAGCCUUAUCAUAAGGCUAGUUAUUUGCUUUAAUGAGCAGGGAAAAUGAAGAUCGGCAGGCUGUAUGAAUGAGACUAUUGCAAAGACAAUUAUAAAUCAUUAGUUUAGGUCUACGGGAACGGUAAUUUCUACUUUUAUCCAUGAAACAGCUGUUUGUAUUAAGACUUUGUGUGGGUAUUUCCGACGAAAUCGAAGUUGCGGCGAUCGCUAUCGAUGAAACGACGAUCUUAGAGAUAGAAUCUACGAUUACGACAUGAAAGCAUUGCCAUUCUUAUCAAGGCUGACAAGGUUAGUCGUGCGAUAACAGCAUAGAAAUCCACUCGAAAGUGUAGUGCACCACAUAAGGCCAUGCAUAGCUCGAUGAUCCGGAUGAAGUCCUUCUUGCUUUGACUAAACAAUAUGGAACUCACGAUGGCAAAGCCCGUUUAAGAACCUUUUUCGUAUCCGUCGCCGAUCGCAUGGACUGUUCGUUCUUGCGUUGACCGCGUUAAUCGCCGCGCAAGUUCUUGCGUCAACACCCUUAAACGGACUCUUAAUAUGUGGACAUCAUAGCUUAGCUUUUGGUUGAAAAUGUUUCGCAAUCGAACAAGUAAGUGCGCUGUUAAUUUCGUUUUCCAGCACUAGUCUGAAAUUUCUUAGCCCGCGAGCAAGCCCUAGCUCCAUUUCGAUUGGCAAGCUAAGGACGCUUAGCGAGCCGCUAAAGAACGCGCAAGCAAGAGUAAAAAGCCUCGAGGGGCAGAGGAUGGACCAGGAUCCUUUCCUUUCCCGCCCGUCACUUCUCACAAAAUCUCCUGAAGGUGGAGAACUUCAACUUCAACUCUUAAAAAAAAAACGGUUAUUUCCAAAAACUAACCUAAGUAAAUCAAGGAAAAAGCGCUCUGGGGACGAGGUUGCGGUGUUUUGGUUAAGUGUUAAAUAUGACAAGUGACUAUAACUUUGUAAUAGUUUGCUUAGUUUUUUUUUUAAAUUUCUUUCGUUUGGUCGCGGUUAAGCAGUGGCCGCAGUAUACGCUUUAUGUGGGUUCUAAGACACCUAUGCGAGUUGAGGUCACCCACUUUUUACGACAAUUGCGGCGUCAUCUUUAAUAAGUAGGUAACAUUUGUUCCCUUUUUUCAGUAUUUGGCCUGGAAGUCUCCUGUACAUGUCGACUGUGUUACCAGUUAUCUGGGUCGCUGAACUAAAAAUCCUCAAUGAAAAGAUCGCAAAAGGAGCAGAUACCUGCACAUUUGAAGCGGAAAAAAGUAUUUCCGUCAGUGGGCUGGUAAGUAACCGAAAACCGGUCAGUAUAAAACGAGGACUGCAGACUGCGAACUGGGUAUAAAACACGGACUAGGUAUAAAAUGCGGACUAGAAACUGCGAACUAAUUAUAAAACACUGACUAGGUAAAAAACGUGGACUACGGACUGUGUAUACCUAGUCCGUGUUUAAUACUCAGUCCCUAGUCUCUAGUCCGCAUUUCAUACCUAGUCCCUUUUGUACACCCAGUCCGUGUUUUAUACUGAGCGGACCGAAAACAUUUAUUAAAUAAUUGGGUUAAGUAUGAUCGCCCGGGUGAACGUAGUCCGGAAUAGGAAUAGGUUGUUGACGGUGAUUGACGUAGUGCGCAAGGCACCUUGGGAAGAGGGAAGAAGCGGACGACUGGCCUGCGUAGUUCAUGUUGACGUGCCGCCUAACUUUUUUCGGUUGAUCUUUGCCAUGACCCUUUACGUUAAUCUUUAACCUUACCUUUCUCCCUUUACGCGUAUAGGCGCCUGAGUACAAGGGGUACAGUAAUUUUGCUAUGAUUGGUCGGAAGACUUGAGAACUGUGCGAUAAAAUUGACAUAUUCUUUAUAUUUCACCAGGUGACAAUCACAAUCGAUUCUGGACAAUUAGCACAGAAGUGGUCCAAACUCGGCCUUAUAUUGCUAAUUAUUGUGGGCCGGUGGCUGCUGCCAAGAGGAGAAUUAACACGUGACCAGCUGUCCACGCUACUUUUAGUCUACGUAGCGAAUGCUGCUGACAUCAUGGGUGAGCAGAGCUAGUUUUUAUUUUAUUUUUAUUUUUCAUUCUCUUCCCUUGGCCCUGCUUAUCAUUAGUACCUCCAUCGCUCAGUUGUAAGGGUACAACCAGUUAUUGUGAGAUGUUAUGGACUCGUCUCUAACUUCGUUAGCUGACGUGCCCGACAUGACGAAUAUCAUUUACAUUUGUGAUAUUUAGGCUCUGUUCACACUGUCAUCGAAAAUGCAUCGAUCGAUUCGCGUCCACAUCACUGCUUGAUGCGUUUUCUACUGGCUGCACAAAAACGUUCGAAAACGGUAGAAUUGAACGUUGUGAUGUAAGUUGAACUCUAUGCGCAAGCCCACGUGAUAAUAUGACGUCAUCGUUUUCAUUUUGGUGCGUUUUCGACCGUUUUUAACCUUCCACGCCAAUACGAUAUGUAUGCAAUUUCGUUUUGAUUCACUUUCAAGAGCGUUUUCAACUCGAUGAUUUUCUAUGAAAACGCUCAGCGUAUUAGUAUGAACGGAAGGCCGUAAUGCAUCGAAACGUCUGCGUUUUCACAAGAAUACGCAUUAUGUCAGCCUAGUCCCUAGGCGUUCUUGGCGAGGUCAAUCCUGGACUCUACCGUGAGCUGUGACGUCACCGAGAGGUCAGGAGAGAACGCCUACGGGCUGCGCAUUAGUGUGGGCAUGGCCUCACAAUCAGGCGCUCCUCUUAAACUUCCUUAAAGAUUUGGCUCUAGAAUAUUUUUAACAAAGUGAAAUGAUAAACGCUUGUUUUUAUACCUUUCCCAAAUGCAAAAAACUGUUUAAUAGUGUCGUAUUUAGUUAUAACAUAGUGAAAUAAUGAACCCUUGUUUUAAUAUCUCUCCCCCACCCAAAACGUAUUUAAGAAUGUGUGUGUGAGUCUUCUAGUACAGGCAGGUCCUUCCUUAUAGUUCUCGAUCUAAGGCGAGCCUCUUGACCGCUAGGUAAGGGCUGCCAUUCUUUACUCUACCCAGCAUUCCCACUCGAGGUCUUCCUGCUGGUCUCUUCCCUAUUAUUCUUCCCUCAAUAACUAAUGGGACAAAUAGGAUCACCAUGCCGUAGGGUAUGACCAAGCGUGACUCUCUGUCUUCUGUUUGACAGUGCCGUAUUUAAUUGCGGUCUUUGUUAAUUCACAUUUCAGAGCUCUUUGAAGUAUUUGACAAGGAGCCGAGACUGUGGUGUAAAGAGGGCGUUGCUAUCGCCGUCUUGGCCACCUACACGUGGUCUUUUCUACAGUUUGCACUCGUUUUUACAGCCACUGCUGAAACUAUCCCAGACAACAAAGACGAGAAGAAGGUGAGCUUGGCGUCUCUUAUAUAGACUACGAGUAAAAAUCACCCCACGAGAGAAAGGCGAGACGCGGCGUCUCGCCUUUCUCGUGUAGGGUGAUUUUCCCUCGCGCUAGCGUUUCGUUCGCUCUACUAUCCCUGAGGAAAAUGGGGACUACUCAUAGUCUAUCUCCUAUACAGUUAAACCUGUAUUUAGCAAUCACUCUUGGGGUUAAAAGAGGGUGAGCGCUUAAUGCAUGUUUGACUGUUGACUUUGUUGCAUUCGCUCAGAGUUCACUGACUUUAGGUCUUAUUUUGCCCUAAAUCGGAUUAAACCCUCGAAUUACUCAGACUAAUAAAUAUCACUACCAUUUGUCAGCUUCUAAAAACUGACAAAAACCGUUGUUCCUGUUUUAGCUAUCCUUGACCUGAAAAAUGUUUUAUUUACAUUUGCAGGAGCCUUUUUCCGAGAUUAAAAGAACAGAAGAAGCGCAAAAAGGCGGAACUAAGCUGCCAAACUACAUCAAAAAACUUAUUAAACAAAAAGCUGAAAAGCAAAAAGCCGAACUUGCUGAAAUCGAGAAAAACACGGACUUGCGUGCCGCGAUCGAUCAAAUGAAACAGCUAAAAGCGUACAAAGCUCGUGGAAGACAAGCAAGAAUGUCAAUACACGACGCCGCGUUUGAGGUAGUACAGGUGCAACGAGAAGUGAGGAGAGAAGAGGAGAUACUGGAAAACCACAUUAAAGAGAAACAAAAGCUUAAACUUCACGGAGACUUGUAUUCAAUAUUGACUUUAAUGUUGAUGCAAGAUGGACCGUUUCUUAUAGUGCGACUUGUUUUGAUCAUUGCUUACGGUGUCAACGCCACUCUGCAUAUUUUCUUUACGGGCAAAAACGCAAUGGCACUUGCUUUACUAAUCUACAGAUUGGUGAUUCUGAUCACGGAAUAUCAGGACGAUGAGGAUGAAGACAAGGACAAAGAUUUCUACGAAUUCUGAAGUUAAACAGCUGCAAAUCUUAUGCGGUUUGCGUUAAAGUAUAUUGGAAUGUUCCUCGGCUGUUUUUGGAAGAGGCUACCACUCGUUCGCUCCAUGUAAGGAAAUCCAAGACAGUCUUGGAACCGAGAGGAGAAGGCGCGCUGCACGCUGUCGAUUCCGGCAGAUUCCAGGUAUUGCAUUCCGGAUUCCAAUCGUUAAUGGAUUCCAGAUUUUUUUUAAACCGUAUUCCGGAUUCCAUAGCCCAGGAUUCCAGGUUCCAUAAGCAAAUAUUCCUCUCCUUCCGGGAACUUGUCUGGAUUCCCUUACAUGGGGAUAAGAAUAACGACGUUCUCAAAGUUGACGUAAUUUUAUUCACGGUCGUUUAAGACCUGAAAAAAGUUUAUUCGGAUCAUUGUGACAGAAAAAAGUAAUUAAGUUAAUAGAGAAAAUGCUACACUGUACGGUUGGAACCAUGUGUUUUUGUAUAUUUGUAUAUAGUCGUUUAUACAAUUUUUCCCAAGGAAGAUAACUGCAGUACUUCAUUUUGUAUUAAAUUUAAGACACACAUGGAAGCAAAGCAUUCAAACCAAGGCAGAAUCGAACCGAGACACUUUCGCUUCGUUUUCAUGGUAACACCGCUGCCUGGUUCGACAAAAAGAAAAAAAAUUGACAUGUCACCUCACAAGUAGUGACUGAUUUGUACUGUCGUACAGUUGUAAUAAUGAUCGCACUUUGUGUAAUACCUGUAGCAAUUUGUAAUAAGUCGUGUUACGCUUUGUAACAUAAAAGCUGUCACAAUUUGUAAUAACUGCCCAUCGCUUUUUGUAAUAGACUAAAAUGUCGCAAUUUGUAACUGAUAAUUACAAAUUUCGACAGCUUUUUUAAUACAAAGUGCAACAUGGUUUAUUACAAGAGUCUUACAAAUUGCGAAAGGUUAUUGCAAAGUGCGAUGAUUGUUACAAAUUGCGACAAUAUAGUUUAACUUUUCGUGUAAGCACGAAAAGCUAUCUAGUAGAGUGUAGAAAUUAUUCCACUAUCACAUUUAUAGGCUAUCUGAACUGAUAAAGUUUUAUCAUGUAUUUAUUUACUUAUUUAGAUUAUACCUUCCAGCCCUGC